UUAAUUAAUUAUUAUUAUUGAGGCGACCGCGCUACUGUAACAUUCUCUUCCACAUCUCAUCUCAUCUCACAAUUCCCUGUUUUCCUUUCCACAUCUCAUGAUCAGUGCGAACUAGAUUUAUGUAUGCUGCAACUUUAUUAUUUUUCUAAGCCAUAUAUUCUUCUCUGAUCUGUGAUUUCUCUUCCUUUUCUUUUGGCUGAUCACUGCUUAAGCAAGCCAGCUAGCACUUGAAGAACAUCUUGAAUCCAGAUGGAAGGGUUCCCACCAUCUUCUGCGGAGGAUGAUGUCAUGAUCAACUUGACAUCGAAUCAGUUCGAUAUUCAAUCACCAGAAGAUUCAUUCAAUAUAUCUGAGCUUCUCUCGUCGCCACUGGAGGAUCUAGCCAACCAAAGCUUCAUAUCAUGCAAUGAUCAAGUUGAACAGAACUUCGUGGUGGAUAACAAUGUGAUCAACGAUAGUAUUCAGCAAACAACUCAGUUUCCACCUUCAUCUUCUCAAGCUAUAAUGGAAGGGGUCACAGCAUCUUCUAUUGUGGAUGAUGUCAACUUGAGAUCGAAUGAGUCAGAUGGAAGGCCUCAGCUUCUCUUGUACGUCAUUCUUAAGCAUAUGUUAUCAGAAGAUGAUUACUUGCAAUUAGUUUUUGUACAGUUUUCCUUAUUAUUCCCAAAAAAAACAACAAUGUUACUGCCUAUAGAAGCAGGAAGGAGGUUUCAGGCAAUGAUCAAGGUGGACAGAACAACGUGAUCAAUGAUAGUAUUCAACAAACAACUCAGU